AUGCAGGCCCUGGACGACGCGGCUGCACACUUUUCCUAUAUAUGCCCAAUCGGAUACAGCAACUCGUCCGACUGCGGCUACUGCCGCCGCUCUCGCAGUGGUCAGUCUUCAAAACGCUAUUCCUAUUACGCUGUAGCAACUUCGUUGACGCCCGAUUUCUAUCAAGCGUUGAUUGAUCGAUGUUGGAGGCGUUCUGGGACCCUCCUUUACCGGCCAAAUCAGAAGAAUUCGUGCUGUCCACAUUACACGCUCCGUCUGGAUUCUACCGCCUUCAAAGCGACCAAAGACCAGCGCCAGGCGGUCAACCGCUUCAACAAGCAUGUCAUUGGCGAGAGCUAUGCCAGAGAGGCAGCUCGCCUGCACCCCCCUACGCGCGAGCAGGUACGGAAGCGGAACAAUGAGUUCGACCUCGCCAAAAGGAUCCACGAGCCCGAGGCCCCAAUGCUCAAGUCUCCCCCACUGCCGGCACACCAGUUCACUGUCGCUUUGGAGCCAAAUACAUUCACUGAAGAAAAGUAUGACGUGUUCGAGAAUUAUCAGCGAAUCGUCCACAAAGAAGCACCAGAAAAGAUCUCUCGGGGCGGCUUUCAGCGAUUUCUCUGCUCCUCGCCUCUGAAACACGAGACGGUAACUGGCCCCGAUGGCAAGGAGCGCCAGUUGGGUUCCUUUCACCAGUGCUACCGCCUCGAUGGGAAGCUUGUCGCCAUAGGGGUCCUGGAUUUGCUUCCCCACUGCGUCAGUGCUGUAUACUUUCUCUACCACGAAUCUAUUCACUCAUUCAGCCCUGGAAAGCUCGGUGCUCUGCAAGAGAUUGCUCUAGCCCUCGAGGGCGGGUACCGUUGGUGGUACUCGGGGUUUUAUAUCCAUAACUGUGACAAGAUGAAGUACAAGAUCGACUUCUCCCCUCAGUACGUCCUCGACCCAGAGACUCUGAAGUGGGAUCUUCUCGACAAGGAGGCCUUGAGGUUGUUUGAUCAGAAGCCUUAUGUCAGCCUCUCAAGAGAGCGCCAAGGAAUCAGCGAGGAGCCGGUCAAGGAGAGCGCUUCGGAAAUCAAAGCCGGCCGACAAGAUAGCGCGAGUGAUGCGGAUGACCUUGACGAUGGCGAGGACGAAUCGUUUCUCUUCCACAGCGGCAUGCCCGGCAUCCCAUCGCUAGAUCAGAUGGAGGAAGUGGACAUGGACGGCCUGUUGCUCCGCUCAGACUACGCAGACAGCUUCUUCUCGGCAUCCGACUUGGUCGUCUGGGAAGCGGAGCGUAUCUCGCAGUAUGGGACGCUGAAGUCGAGAAUUGCCGAAAUGGUGGCGGCAAUCGGUCCCGACUUGAUGGGUGCCAUUUGCGUAGAUUUCCGCAAGCGCAGCAGAUCCUAG